AUGUUCACGGAAUACACUUAUUUUCAGUAUAUUAUCUAUCCUCGCCGGCACUCGACCUCGCCGCUUACCAUCGAGCUAACGUGCACCGAAGUCCGCCGCAAAACAAUUUGUCACCCUCUCGUCGACGACAAACCAUUCAAAUCAUCAAUGCCUUUUCCCGACAAAACAAUCGUCCAUUACUCCGGCCUUAUUCCCUUGAACGAACCAUACGACGUCGCAGUGGUCGCGGAAAUCGACCGUAGUAGUCCUAACGGAACAAGUGCCAUUAUCUCAAGACCAACCACAACUACUACUAGUAACGACUACUCGCUAAGUUACAUUAAAAUCUCCCAAAUCAUGCGUAACUUAAUUUGGCCUCACAACAACGGUAUCUCCACUAUCUUGCGCGAUAUCAACAAAGUUAUUACAUCUUCGUCAUCAUCGAGCGAUAGAGGAGUGAUUGAAGUAGAGAUUCGGAAGAUUAUGAAUAGGGUUUAUGAAAUCGAGGCGGUGUUCAUUGAGAGGUAUGGAAUCGAUUCGAAUAGAUCAACGGAGAUGAGUAAUGGAUGCGUGAUUUGCAUGGAGGAUUAUACAAAAGGAGUAUUUGUGGCUAAUAAAUUACCUUGUGAACAUGAUUUUCAUGCAAAUUGUAUACUCGAGUGGUUGCAAUUCAAUCGUCGAUGUCCAUUGUGUCGAUUUCCGGUCAGCCUUAAGGGGAGAUGA